UUAGGCAGUGAAAUCUGAGACAUGUUUUUUGCUUUUCCCUCAGGAUCAUAGAAAUGAACAACCACAGCCCCCCUCUCACUUUCAAGAGAUUUCAAGCCAUUGUGAAUCGACUCGAACUUCCCAGGAAACCAUUGCCGACCAUCACUCAAGAGCAGAUGGCCAGGUGUCGGACGCAGAUCUUGGACAAUCAUGAUGAACGUUAUGGCGUACCCUCUCUCGAGGAGCUGGGUUUUAAGACUCAGGGUGACAGCUCACAUGUAUGGAAGGGUGGUGAGACCGAAGCCCUGGAAAGAUUAAAUAAACACUUGGACAGAAAGGCCUGGGUAGCAAAUUUCGAGAGGCCUAGAAUAACCGCCCAAUCACUGUUCGCAAGCCCAACUGGACUUAGUCCUUACCUACGAUUUGGAUGUCUGUCUUGUCGCGUGUUCUACUACAAUCUGCGGGAACUUUACAUGAAGCUGCGGAGACGCUCCAGUCCACCCCUCUCACUCUUUGGCCAGCUGCUGUGGCGAGAGUUUUUCUACACGGCAGGCACCAACAACCCCAACUUUGACCAUAUGGAGGGAAACCCCAUCUGCAUUCAGAUACCCUGGGAUCACAAUCCCGAGGCCCUGGCUAAAUGGGCAGAGGGUCGGACAGGGUUCCCUUGGAUUGAUGCCAUCAUGACCCAGCUAAGACAGGAAGGCUGGAUCCACCACCUGGCCAGACAUGCCGUAGCCUGUUUCCUCACUCGUGGAGACUUGUGGAUCAGCUGGGAAAGUGGAAUGAAAGUAUUUGAGGAGUUGUUGUUGGAUGCGGACUGGAGCGUGAACGCAGGCAGCUGGAUGUGGCUUUCCUGCAGUGCGUUCUUCCAGCAGUUCUUCCACUGUUACUGUCCCGUGGGCUUCGGCCGCAGGACGGAUCCCAGUGGAGACUACAUCAGGAGGUACAUCCCGAAGUUAAAAGACUAUCCUAACCGCUACAUCUACGAGCCAUGGAACGCUCCAGAAUCGGUGCAGAAAGAGGCCAACUGCAUUGUGGGUGUGGACUAUCCUAAACCUAUGAUCAACCAUGCCGAGAGCAGCCGGCUCAACAUCGAACGAAUGAAGCAGGUUUACCAGCAGCUGUCGCACUACAGAGGCCUUAGUUUGCUCGCCUCAGUUCCUACGAUCCAGGAAGAGGCAGAGCCUCCCAUGUCAGAUGACUCUCAGGCCAGCAGCAGCACUGCCGUGCUUUUGCUGAAGCACCAUCAUGUUUUCUACAGGUCAAGCGUGCAGUCCUGUCCCAUCACCACACCAGCCCACCUCUCCACCAUCAACCCCGCCCAACUCAGAGCCCUCCACCCCAAACUCAAGCCCGACAGCGGCUGCCCUGGGGGCCCACACCCAGAGGAAGAGGGUCCGACCCCCUGGGCUCCCAUGCAAACAGAAGUCAAAAGUCAAGCACACCAGCCAAGCCAAAGGAGUCGAGCAGAAGACUGACGACAAGCAGUGACCACAGGUUGAGACUGCAUCAGCGGUCCCAUAUCCAAGGAAGUUGGAGUCCACCUGAACCUUCAGACAGACAGAAACAGCAGGAGAAAAGUGUGAAAUGGCGCCACCUUUCGCAGAAGAACAGAAACGGCACUAAUAAAAAAAUUACAGCUAAAGAAUUAACGCUGCAGUUCCAUCAAUGCGUGUGACAAAUCCAGGACUUAUUUGUCAAACAUCCAUAAUAAAAAAGCUGCUUUUGUUCCAGUUUUGACCUGCUAAACUAAACAUGAUUGUAAGAAGAUACAGAUCUGUGUCAGAUGUGUAGUUCUCUUGGAAUUACGAUGUGACAGAGAUCUAAUGGAUAUUGCGGUCACUGUUGAAAGUUUAGGGUAACGAGCGAUUCGCCGAUAUAAGUAUUCAUUAAAUCUAUCCAAAUUUUAUGCAACCCAGGUUUAUAUUUGAUAAUAGAAAUGAUGAGGGAACAUUUGAAGAUACCAGAUGAAUUGAGAAUUUUAAUUUUUGUAUGAAGUCUGAUGUAGUUGGACUCUAUAAUUGCUUGCAAGCUACAAGCAACUAGUUCACAUAAGCAAUGAAGAAUUUUACUUCUUCGGUUUCUGGUUCAGUAAUUUACCCUAUAAAUAUACACUUUGUGUAUUUAACUCCGAAUGCAAACAUUUCAUUACCAUUGGCUGCACUAAAGUUUUCUGAAUUUAACCGUAUCCAGUCCUCAGUUUAUAAUUCAAUAGUCAAUAAUUCAGCUUGAUUUAUUUACCAAGUCUGCAGGUUUUCUAACAGUUGACGAGGAUUACAUUCCACUAAUGUGUGUUCAUAAUAAUUUAACAAUUUAAGAUGUUCUCUUUGGCAAUGUGGAACAGCUUUAUUUAUUUUUCGUCCCUUUUUCUUUUUUUGUAUUGUAUAAAAGAGUUUAUUUUCAUUAAAAUGCUGAUGGGAUUGUUAAGCUGUUUGUUGGCAGUAAUUUAUUUAAGCCCUUUCACUGCAUGCUUCUGUCAGCGACAGUGUUUCUGCGAUAUAUUGCAUCUACGAUGUUUCAAUGUAGAUUACAAUACAUCAAAUACAUUUCUUGAACCUAUCCGAAACAUAUUUGAGAUUGUUUUUCUUUAACAUGAAAACUUUAUCAUGUUAUUCAGACAUUAAUGAAUUGUCAUACAGCUUGUAGAAGAAAGGUGUGUUUUUACUUUUCUAAGUGAUCAGACAUAAGAUUUUUGCCUGGUGGAUGUUAGUACAGCUGGGUGAAUCCCAUACCCAUAGAUCUACACCGAAGGAGGGACCGUAGCCAUAUCUAGCUAUCGCAUGAUCAGGGUGUGGGCUCUUUUGACUUGAUCACACAGAAAUUCCUAGCAACUGUUUAGCAAUUCCUUAUCAACCACUUGCAACACUCUAGCAUGGUGAUGGAGUCUGGUUUUAGUUUUGAGAAACACUGACUUCAGCCAUCACUAGAGGGCAUCUAAUGUUUGUUUUUAAUAAAUAUGUGAAAAUGCUGAAGGGCUGCUCACUUGCAUUAAGUG